AUGGACAAGUACAACUCCCAAUGGGUCUCGUUCCAUAUUCGAGACCACCUCAAGAACGAGGUUACUGUCCAGAACACCGUCAUUGAAGGCGGUGACUUCUGGGACCCAAAUAACCGCCGUCGAUCGAUGAGCGAGGAAGAAAUCGAUGAGCUCACCAUCAAAUCUGAUGGUGUUGGCGAAAUCAAUGCCAGUAGCCGUCGUGGUAGCGAGGGUCGACUGGACCUUUUUCAUGGAGCUGAAAAGAUCUGUGAGCUCCACUGGGAGAAUAGAGGUGGAGAGUAUGUCAAUCUUGUCGAGACGAUUGACAGCAGUGACAAGUAUAGAGUCGAGUAUGGGGGAUGGAGCUCCGGGGAGGGUCCCUUGGGUCAUGUUUAUGUGGAUAUCACGGAAUCGAAGAAACAGCGCUAG